GUUCGCGUGUCUCAGUUUUUGAGCAAGAGUUGCUUUUGCUUUUCUUGCCAGGCAUGUGGCAGACGCCUGAAGCAGGAACUUGCUUGUACUUGAUAAGAUGAAGACAAAGUUAUGUUAUUAAAGCUCGCGGGCGUGCGAGGGCAGGCCUGGCUCUGGGCGUGCUGCCUCGCGUGGCUCUGGCUGACUACCUCGCACGUAGCAGCUGCGUCCAGAGCACAACUUACGUACUCGGGCCUUCCCGGGCGACGACCGACGGAGGAGGCCCCGUGGGCGCCAUGCGACGGCGAGCGCAUGAAGUGGAGUUCUGCUCCAGCGCGCGACGGCGGUGGCCAGAGGCUCUGCGUGGACUUGCAGCAGUUUUCCUUGCUGGAUGGUCGCGUGCCCGGCAACCAGCUCGACGCUGUCGGCUUUCAGCAGUUAAUGGGCACGGACUUCGUCGUCCACGACCCCAGCCACUUCCUCCCGGCCCUGACCGCACUCCUACUGGACACGGAGGAGCAGGCGCCUGCGCCAGCGACAGCCACCGCUGCCGAUGCGCCUGCUACCCCUGCUACCCCGGCGGCGGCCGCCGCCAACCGCGGCCAACACGCGGCCGCCGGCCCCUCGGCCCUGGGCUCGAGCGCCUCGGGUCGUGCGGUGACACUGCGGGGCUGUCGGCUGCUUGUACCGCUGCCGCCGCCGCCGCGGCUAUUGCUAGACGGGCGUCCGCACUCGGGGCACGGCGCCCCGGGCGCUGGACACGCCGCCGGCACCCAUAAGCAGGGCGUCAGCGCUAACGACGGGGCCGGGGCUGGCGGUGGCGAUGUGGGUGGUGGGAACGGGGGCGGUGGGCAGUGGGACCGGUGCCGGCAGGCGGCACGGGCGGCGCUAGGCGCGCACGUGCCGACCGAGGAGGUGGCGCCGGCGGGGCAGCCGGCGGUGCGGCCGCGGCAUCUGGGUCAGGACCAGCGCCAGCGCCAGGGUGAUACAGCUGGCGGCGUUGCCGUGCUGCGAGUGCUGCCGCUGUCGCUGCAGCUGCCGCUGCCGCUGCCACUGCCGGGUCCGGUGCCAGAGGCGGGGUCGCUGCCAGGGGCGGGGCCGAGCCUAGGGCAGGAGCGGCCGCACCCAAACGUAGCGGCGGCGGCGGUGGCGGCAGGAGGGGCCGUGCGGGCGGCCGCGGCUGUAGCAGCACUGGAGCUGCGGCUGCCCGAGGGCGGUCUGGAGGUGGUGUGCGGCACGGCGGAGGCGCUGGACGGCUUGGCGCCGCCCCCAGCGGCCGACAGGGCGGCCGACGGGGCGGUUGCGCCGGCCGGGCUGGCGGCGAUGGCGGCCCGCGCGACGGCGCCCUCGGGCUCAGACAACACGAAAGCGGCAGUAGCAGUAGCAGCAGCAGCAGCACCAGCAGCAGCAGCAGCAGUAGCACCAGCACCAGGCAUGGCCGCGGCAUUGGCUACUACAGCUACGGGAGCCAGCGGCGUGUGGCACAGGCAGCGGUCUGCAAUGGCUGUGCCGGGAGGCAAUGUCGUGAAUGGCGCGUACGGCGCCGGCGGAGCAACCGGCGGCAGCAGCGGUGGUAGCGCGGGGCUGCCUGCAGCAGCGGUCGGCGCCUUGUGCGCGGCGGCGGCCGCGGCGGCUGUCCUGUUCGGUUGCGGGUGGUGGCGGCGCCGCCGGAGAGCGGGGCCAUACGCUCAGGAGGCCGGGGGCGUGGAGUUGGGGUCAACAACGGCGGCAACAGCGGCGGUGCACUCACAGCCAGCUGUGCUGCGGUUGGCAGAAACGCCGCAGGCGCAGCAGGGGCAGCAAGCCUUGCUGGAGCGGGAGCCGGUGAAAGCCCUGCCUGGCGGCGAGGGGCUUCGUGGCGGCGGCGCUGACGGCGCCCGCGCGGGCGGCGGCGGCGGCGAUGUGGCUGCGCCUGAGGCCAUAGAGCUUGACGUACUGGCGGGCCCGAUGUCGGACUCGGCCAUGACAGCGGCGGCGGCGGCUUCGGCGGCGGCGGCGGCUAGUGGGCAGCGCCUGGCGAAGGCGCCGGGUGGCUUCGUGUCUGACACCGGCGCCCCAGGGUGGCUGUCCACACGGAAUGGCGGCGGCGGCGGCGGCGGCGGCGGCGGCGGCGGCGGCGGCGGCCGACCGGGCAGCAGCGGCGGCGCCGCCGCAGCUGCAGCUGCAGCUGGGGUUGGCGACGCCGCCGGCGGCGGGGCCAGUGACCUUGAAGCGUCAAACUGCUUCACGGAAGGCGGCGCCGAUCGACCCAGAUCCUUACAGCUCAUCAGCACGACAGGCGGCGGCAGUACGGCACGAAGCGGUGGCGGCGGCGGUGGCGGCGGAGGGGCACUGGGCGGCUCGCGGCUGCUGGCAGACGUGAUGCGUGCAUUGCGGAAUGGCAUUGCGGGUGGCGGCAGCGGCAGCGGCGGUGGCAGUGCCGGCGACGUCAGCCGGGGUGCGGACGUUCGGGUCGCCGGCCGCCGACCCGGGACCAUGGCGGGGGCUGUGGUUGCGCCGCCGGACGGGUCUGGUGACGGGGCCUCGCCAUCGCAACCGCAUUUCGCUACGCUCUCUGCUGCCGGUCCCGACAGCGCCGCCGCCGCAGCUGCCGUACAGCCUGGCGGCGGCGGCAGCCUUACUGGCGGCGUUGGCGGCGUUGGCGGCGGCAGCGGUGGAGGUGGCGUUGGCGGUGGUGGCGGCAGCGGUGGAGGUGGAGGCGGCGUUGGCGGCGCAGCAGUUGCGGCUGGGUCCGGCAGUGCGGGGGGCUCAGGCAAUCCCCUGCCUUCGCUGUUCUCCUCUGGCGGGCGGCUUGGUGGCGCCAAGCUGCCGAUGCCGCUGACACUGGGCGGCGGCGGCGGCGGCGGCGGCGGCGGCGCGGCGGCGCUGGCUGCAGGCGGCGGCGGCGGCGGCGGCGGCGGCGCGGCGGCGCUGGCUGCAGGCGGCUCAGUGGGUGGCGGCGUGGGCGUACUCGGCACCUGGGGCGCCGGGAGCGUGCCGGCGGGCGGCAGCGGCAGCAGCGGUGUGCUGUUCGCGGUGGGGCUGGGCGCGGGUGGCGGCGGCGGCGGCGGCGGCGGGCUGGACGUGACGCCCACCUUCCACCGCAUGUCGCCGCCCGAGGUGCUGUUCUCGACGCAGGACAUCCCCGAAUGCCCGGAGGAGGAGGAAGAGGAGGUGGCGGCAGUCAGUGCAGGCGGCCGGCUGGCCGGCGGCGGAGGCGGAGGCGGAGGCGCGGGCACAGGGGGCAGCCGCCGCCGCAACGCGAUCUCCUCAUCCGGCGCCAACGGUAACGGUAACGGUAGCGGUGCGGAGGACCUAACCGCCAACGCCUCGUCCGCAUCGGCGGCCCGGGCGCCCACGUGUCUGUACGGCUCCAAGCCGUACGGCGCUGGUGGCGGCGGCGGCGGCGGCUCGGCCGUACACCCGGAGGUCAGCGCCGCGCGGGAGCGGGUGGCCGCCAUGUUGGAAAGCCUCAUGUCGUCGCCGGCCCUGGAGGCGUCGGGCGGCCUGGUGGCCGCACGCGACGUAAUCAUCGACACCAACGCCGAACUGGGUCGGGGCACGGCGGGCGCAACCUACCGCGGCCGUUGGCGCGGCGCAGACGUGGCGGUUAAGAUCAUUGCGUACGACCGAGCCGCCAACCGAAAACUGUUGGCGGAGCUGCUUCCGGUCAGUGCGGUGUCCCACCCCAACGUGCUGUGCGUGCUCAGCCACUUCUAUGUCCAGGCUCCGCUGUCGUCUCGGAUGUCGCCAUGGACGCUGCACGCCAGCAGCGCCCAACAGCAGCCGCAGCAGCAGCAGCAGCCCUCGCAGGUGCUGAUGUCACGCGGCGUCAUGGCGGCGCCGCCGUCCGCCCCGCACAGCGGCAUCAGCGCCGCCGCCAGCCUCAGCGGCUCCGUCACGGCGGCGUGGCUCGGACAUGACGCCGCGACGUCGGCAUUGGGCGCGCCUGUGCCUGGCACAGCUGCGGCGGCGGCAGCAGCGGCGGCAGCAGCGGCACAGCCGGGCGUUGCGGCGGCGGCGGCGGCACAAGGGUUCCAGGUCAGCAAGCUGGACCCGCCUCGCCCGCUGCCCGAAGCGCCAUCGGUCGACGUCACGCCGCCCGCCUCCGCCUUCACCUCAACCGCCAACUUCUCCAACUACCUGCUGCCGUCGUACCAACUGACGCCCAACCAACUUUCAACCGCCAGCAGCCGUGGCGGCCCGCUCGCUAUGUCAGCUGCAAGCCCGCCAGGCCCUGCGGGGGCCAAUGGCAACUCCUCCAUGCCGAUUCAGCUGCUGACAACUGCCAACCACCACAACCGCCAUCCGUACAACCGAGGUUUGGGUACGGUCACCGGCGUUCCUGCAGCUGCGCCGGCGGCGCUAACGCGCAGCGACAGCAAUGGUGGCGGCGGCGGCGGAGGUAGUGGCGGCGGCGGCGGAGGUAGUUGCGGCGGCGCCGGGCGAACUGACGGCGGGAGCGCUGCGGGCAUGAUGAUGGAGUACCCGUCGGCGGCCAUUCCCUCCAAUACGUUGCUCAGCCCUACGCCGCCACCCGGGUCUCUGCAGCCGUCUUUUGGCGCCGGCGGCAGCGGCAACAGGGGCGAAACAAACCUGCUGACGGGGCCUGUCGCAGCGACCGGACUAGGUCCAGGUUUGGGGCUAGGGACGGGGCCUGUCGAGGUGUCGCCUCUGCCGCUGUCGCCGCGCGCUACCGGUGCCGGAGGGCCGCCGGCGACUGGAUACAAGCUGUCGGCGGCGGCGCUGCUACAGCUCCAGCAGCAGCAGCUGCGGCGCCGGCGGCUGCAGCAGCAGCAGGAGCUGCUUGCGAAGCACCUGCAAGACGCGCAACAGCAGCGGCGGCAGGCGCAGGCGCAGGAGGGCCCCGGCGGCGGCGGCGCUGGGGGAUCUCUGGCUGGACCGCAGCUAGCAGGGGCGGCGGCGUCGCCGGAGGGGAGCAUUGCCAUCCUGCCGACGGAACUACCAACGCAUGCACAUCUCCGAGACACGGGUGACGUCAGCGAGGGGACAGCCGGCGGCGGCGGCGGCAGCGCCGCAAGCGGGGCCGCAGACAUAGGACGCGACGGCGGCGGCGGCGGCGACUUGAACUCCAGCCAUGGGCUACCCCCCAUGGCGAUGGCGAGCGCGGCGCUGCGCGGCCCGUCAACCGCUCCCAACGACCCCAUGCAUCAGUCGUACGGCAAAGAUCUGCACGGGACCUCCAUGUCUUCCCUGCUGGCGGCGGAGGCGGCGGCGGCAGCUCCGUCAUCGUCGUACGAACACCUGUACGGCGCCAGUGUGGAUGGCGUGGGCGGCUGUGGCGGCGGCGGCUGUGGCGCAGAUUCUGGCGGCGGCGGCGGCGGCGGCGGCUGCAGUGGCGGCGGCGGGCAGCAUCAGCCGUCGGCAUCCGUUGCAGGCCUGCUGAGCGAGGGGAGCUGGGGCACCACACCCGGCGCAUCCGGACUCGUGUCCGAACUACUGAACCAACUCAACGCCACCACCUCCGCCGCCGCCCCCAAAGUCAUCAGCCCACAAACCGCCCAGGAGCGCUCUUCGGUCGGCGCCGCCGGCAGCGCCGCCAGCGGCAGCGGUGGCGGCACAAACGCCAAUAGUGGCAACGGCGGCGGCGCCGCCGCCGCCGCCGCCGUCACGGGCUCGCCAGCGAAGGCGGCGGCGGAGGGGCCGACGAGGUCGCAGCUGUAUGGGCUGAUAGACAUCGCGCCUAGCCCGACUGGGUCUAGCAAAGCAAUCAGUGAUAUACAUUGUGGCUGGGACGGACGCAGGACCCCGUCCGGGGAAGCGCCGGAAGCGCGCAGCGGAGAGCUCGGGACGGCAGUAGCUAUGGCGCAGGCGGCGGCAGUAGCAGCAACAGGCGGGGAUGACGCCAGGGACGGUGGUGGCAGCGGCGGGCGCGACGGCGCCGCCGCCGCCGCCGGCACCAGGGCGUCGGAAGGCCGCGUCAUGGCCUUUGAGCUGCUCGCUGGCAGCGGCGGCCGCGGGCGCGGCGCGGCACGCAGCUUCCGCAGUGGCGGCCGCGGCCCUGUUGCUCCCGGUGGCGCUGGCGGCGGCGGCGGCAGCGGCGGGAACGCGCCGCCAUACAGUGGUGCUGACACGCCGCAACAAAUGUCCGGUGGUACGGGGACGUACAGCGGUGCCUUCAGUUCCUUGCAGCGGUUGGGAUCCGCACAAACUGACGGCGAGGACGACUGGUCUGGUCGCCCGAAGCGUGACCCGGCGCUUUUGCAGGCCGUGGCCUGGAUUGCGGCCUCUGGCAACUCGGGCGCAGCAGGCGCCGCCGACCCAAUUCGUGGCAUUGCAGCGCCACGCAAUGAGAAAUCGGCCGCACUCAGAGCUGCGGCCGCUGUGGCGUCCACGGUCGCCACCGCCGCGCAGGCGGCAGGGGCACCGGUGGCGGCUGAGGAGGCAGCGGCGGCUGAGGAGGCGGCAGCCGUUACCAGCUUAAACCCUGGCACCACUUCGUCCGGUUAUAGCGUGACUGGCGGCCCCUUUCGUAGUGGUGUGCUGCGCGUGCUGUCUCCAGUUAAUGAGACGGGCAGUUCUGCCGGCGAGGGUGGCAGCGGCGGCGCAACCUCCAUCGCAUUUUCUGUGCCUGCGGCGUCGCCCUUCUCGCUCCCGCCAUCCCCCGGCCGUGACGCCUCCACCGCCGCUGCCGCCAACCGCCGCGAGGUCGGCGGCGGAGGCGGCGACGAGGGACGCGAUGCGCCGCGCUCAAAUCGGGCCGCUGCCAGCGGCAGUGCUGCAACCACUGGGCCGACCGGGCCGUCGGAGCCCGAGCACCAGCUGCAUGACACGCCACCAAAUGGCACGGCCCAAGCGGUUGGCGACGGCGGAAGUGCUGCCGCCGCUGGCACUGCCGCCGGCGCCGCCGCCACUGCCGCUGUUUCCAGCUUCGCCCGCGUCAGUGACGCGGACAGCCACAGCAGCCGCUCAGCGGGGCACUCGCGCAAGGUGCGGCCGGCGGCGGUAGCGUCUGCGACGAACAACGACAAGCUCUCUGCCAUCAGCUCGCCGCUACGCAAGCUGGUGGUUCCGCCGGAGGGCAUGCUGAGCGCCGCCGCCACCAUGGCAGCGGAACGCCGCCUUCACAGCGGCGUCGAGCCGCAGCAACCGCCGGCCUCGCUGCUGGCAAGCGCCGCCGCUGCCGCGGUGGCGGCUGCUGCGCGCGUAUCCUCGGGCGCCGGCGCUGGCGUUGAUAUGGGAGGUGCAGGACCCUCCUCCGGCAGCCGUAUGUUCGCGCCCCACCCGCAAGCUCCGGCCCCGGCUCCCACACACGCGCCAGCGGUGCAGCUGCCGCUGCCGCCGUCGCCGUUUGCAGACGCGGGUCUGGAGCAUCGGCCCUCGAUGGGCCUUCUGAACGCGACGCCGCCGGAACCACCCCGGCAGGCGCAGCCGGCGCAGCCGGCGCAACAGCCACCGCCGCCCUCUCGCGGCGCGGGCUUGGAGGGGACGGAGCGGUGGCCACGGGAUGCCGGCGGCACUGGCAGGCUCAGAACCGAUGGCGGCGGCGGCGCCCUCGGCGACGAUGCGGCCGGGCCCGCAAGCACAGGUGUCGUUGCGCUGGGCGGCGGCCCAGCGGGCUCCAGCACUGGCGGUGGCCACAGUGCCGGCGGCGGUGCUGGGAGUGCGGGGUCCGCAGGGACCGGCGCCACCACCGUCACUGCGGGGUCGGCCCUGAUCUUUGCGGUUGGCAGCGGCGCCGGCGCCGGCGCCGGCACAAACAGCAGCAGCCUGACGGCCCAGCUUCCGCCCCCCACGGCCGUCGGGACCCAAACCGCCGCCGCCGCCGCCGCCGCCGCCUACAACGCAGCCGCGGCGGUGGAGCCCGCGGUCGCCACGGCCUUUGCGCUCGCGCGCGGCACUGCCAGCACCAGUGCAGAUGGCAGCACCGGCACCGGCGCCGGCCGGCCCCUGCGCGUCUUGCUCAGCGAGAGCGCUGUCGCUGUCGCCGCGGCGGCUGCGGCGGAGCACGGCGGCGGCAGCCACGCGGCGCCGCCGUUCGCGCUGCCCAGUCUGGGGCCCGUCACCCCCGCGUCGGGUCCUGGCGGGUCGCCUGGGCCGCAUCCGGACCGCGACGGCACGCCGGCCGCUAGCAGCGUACCGGACAUUGCUCGCGGCAGCAGCGACGAUGCGGAGGAGCUCAUGCCAACACUCGCGCCGCUGCGGCGCCCGCCGGCAGAUGGCGACGACGUCGCCGCCGCCGCCGGAGCUUCCCUGCCGCCGCCGCCGCCGCCACACGGCGCCGGCGGAUCGCCCGUCAUUCGCUCGCUGCCGCUGCGGCCACUGGACGGCGCUGACACGCCGCGCCUGUCGCACGAGAGCGAUCGGGGAGGCGGCGGCGCAGGCGGCGGCGGAGGCGGCAGGAUCGGCAGUGAUUGGGCUGUGUGCUUCGACUCUGCAAUUGUGGCGGGCGCUGGCGCCGCCGCCACCACGCUGCGCCUCCUAGGCGCGCGCGGCAGCGCGGGCGCAAGCAGCGCCGCCGCCGGCCGCGGCAGCGGCGGCGCCGCCACAAGCUCCUCCUACGGACCGGCCAGCUCAGGUGGCGGCGCCGCCGCCGCCGCCGGCGCCAAGGCCAGCCCUGGCGAUGCCAGCGGCGGGCCUCAAGACAGCCCUGUCGAUGCCGCCAGCUCCGGCCCUGGAUCCAUUUCGGCGGCUGUUGAUGCGAACACGCGUUACAACACGCUGCAGCAGCUGUCGCUGCCGGCCCCGGAUCUGGGUGGCUCGGUUUACGGGCCGGCGGGCGGCAUCCCUAGCACGGCGACGUCCAAACUGGGUUUGGAUGACCUUUUGGAGAGGCUCAACACACAGAGCAGCGCCUCAUCACUUCACACGCCGCCGGCGGCAUCUACACCAAACGGCGGCGCCGCCGCUGCCGCCGCCGCCGCCGCCGCCGGCCAUUCAGCCACACGGCCGGUUGCCGCGCCCGGCGGCGGCUUCGCUGCUGGGGGCUUCCAGCCCGUGCCGCUGCUGUCGCAGCCGGCGCCGAACCCAGCCGCCGCCGCCUCGCCCGGUGGCUUCACAGGGGCGCUGAUGGGCGUGUCGCGCUACGGCGACUCCGGGUACGGCGCCUCCCGGUACGGCGAUUCCGGGUACGGCACCAGCAAGUACGGAGACUCCGGGUACGGCACCUCGAAGUGGGCGGACUCCGGGUACGGCACCAGCAAGUACGCCGAUUCCAAGUACGGCGAUUCUGGGUACGGCGGAUCCAAGUACGGCGACUCGGGGUACGGCGCCGGCGGCGCCGCUGCCGCCAUGGGCACGGGCAACGUCUCGGGCAUCUUCCCGAUGUCUAGCGCCGCCUCCAACCUGCCCCGCGUGCCGACGCCGGCGGGUAGCUCCGCCGCUGGCACGAACUCGAACACAGCGAGUGGCAGCGCCGGCCGGAGCGACCGCGGCAACAACAACGGUCGUGCUAGCGGCGCCGUUCCCGGCGGCUUCACGCCCACCACGCAUCUGGCGGCCGUUGCAGAGCAGGACCCCGGCUCAGCCAGCGGCAUGGGGCGUGUGGCAGCCGCCGCCUUGGCCCUCGCCGAUGCCGCGGCGGCGGCGACUGGUGGGGCGCUGGCGGCGCCGCUGCUGACGCCGACGGCGCUGCCUUCGGCAGCCGCCAGGCCGGCUCUGUCGGGCGUGACAAAGCUAUCGUUUCCGCUGCAACUGGCCCUGCCCUCUAGGAGCGCCGCGGCCGCCACCGCCGCCGCCGCCACCGCCGCCGCUGCUGCAACCGCCGGUACCACCGCCGCUGCCGCCGCAGCUGCCUCCGAGGCAGCACCAGACCAAGCUGGAUCUGCGUCAGCGCCGCCGCCGCCACCCCUUGCUGCGCAGCCGCACCGUGCACUGCUGCCAGCCUCGCUGCGCAAGCCAGCUAGUGCCGCUGGCGUCGCCGCCGCCGCCACCAACGCCGCCGGCGCCGCCGUCGACUUCACGUUCGCCCCGUCGCCGCCGGUAAGCGGCGGUGCCGGCGGAGGCGGCAGCGGCGGCGGCGUCAACAGCAACAGUGCCGGCGGUGGGCGCGGCCGUACAUUUGCCGUGCAGCCGCUGGAGCUGCUGCCGCCGCCGCCUGUUGCGGCGGUGGUGUCGGCGUCAGCGGCCGCCGGACCAGUGCCGACGGCGUCGAGGUACACGACGGCGGCGGUCGGCGGAGCGUCGAGGCCGGGGCGUUUGCUGGGCGCCUCGGGGCGAGUGGGUGGCGGCGGCUCCGGUCACAGCGGCGGCGUGCCGCGUGCGAGGGUGCCAGUCAUCCCGAUAGCGCCGACACUCGAUCCGCCCAUGCCUGGUCCGCCGACGGCGCCUUUCGCCGGCGCCGCCAACUGGGCCCGCAUCCUCGCUGCCGGCAGCGGCGACGCCAGGCGCCGAACCAGCCUUGACGGCGACCGCGACGGCGGCGGCGGCGGCGGCGGCCGCGGCGGAGGGCGGGGUACGGCUAGGCACGGUGACGAUGGCGCGAGCGACGGCGACCGACCCAGCAGUGACCGCGACGCCGGUCGCACUGAUGAGACAGAUGAGCUGUUUCGGGGGCUGGUGGGCAGCACCGGCGGCAGGGGCAGCACCCGCUCACAGCUGUCGCCGCCGCCGCCGCAGCCGCCGCAGCCGCCGGCACCGCCGGCACUGCCGCUGGCGCGACUGGCGGCGCCGCCGCCAGCGCUGCCGCCCGGCCUCGCGACCUCCUUCUCCGCCGGCCUCAGCCGCAGCAGCACCGCGCGCAGCGUGCCGCAGGUGCCUAGUCGGCUCAGCAUCGGCGGCAGCAGCGACGGCUUGGGUAGCGGCGCUGCCGGCUGCGGCACGCCGCGGCCUCGCAGCUCUCUCGCCGGCGGCGCCGUCGCCGGCCUGGACCGGCGUGUGGCUUCCGCCGCCGCCAGCCCUGGCGGCGGCGGCGGCGGCGGCGGUGCGGGAGGCGACCAGCGCUCCUCAGGCCGCAGCAGCCUCGGCAGCGGCCUCCGGGCCCUCAUGCUGGAUGGCUCUGAGGGCAGUGGUGGCGUGGACAGGAGUGGCAGCAGCGACCUCGCCGUCGGCUUCACGAGCGGGGAGGCAGCGGCGGCGGCGGCGGCGGCUGGGCAACGCGGCGGCGGCGGCGGAGACAUGCUGCAGCUGUCGGCGCCAGCGCUGCCAAGGCCGCUGGCCGCAUUGAUCCCGCCGGCGGCGUUCCCCACAGCUGUGGAUGUGGGACAAGUGGCGUGCGCCAACUGGUCUGCAACCGGCGACGAAGCAACCGCAGCGCUGGCCAAGGAAGAGGAGGCUGAGUCUGUUACCUCGGCCGGCGGCGGCGGCGAUGCCUCCAGCACGUCCUGGCAGCAGUUGGCGGCGGUGGCUCCGCCGACGGGCGCGGGGCCUUCGCGAAUGGUAGCGACGCGGCUCGAGCUCGCAGCACCUGUUAUACUGCGAUCGCCAGUGCCCACAGAUGGACACCCCAACUUUCUCGUGCCGCCGAAUCGCGGCCUGGCGGCGGCCGCCGCAAGGCGGCGCAGCUCGAGCGCCGGCGCGGGCGUGAGCGGCGGUGCGUUUCGGGCCGCCGCUGCGGCCGCGCUGGCUGCCGCCGGAGGCGGCGGCGGCGGCGGCGGUGGUGGCAUUGCUGAUGUUGGUGCUGGCGCAGGGGCUACUGGGGCCGCCGCGGCGGCGGCGCUCGCAAGCCGUGGCCUCGCCAUGUAUAGUCGCCGCAGCCGGCGGCAGCUUCACCAGCUGCGUAGCAUGCCCAUGGUCCGUGCACGCAGCCGCCUCGGCCUGCAAACCGUCGGUGAGGUGCUGCUUACCCAGGCCGCAGCGGUGGCCGCCGCAGCAGCAGCGGCGGCGUCAGCAGGCGCAGGCAGCGACAGCGGCGCCGCCGGGGCGCUGUUGCAGGGUCUGCGCGGCGGCGCAGCCGGCGGCGGCAGCGCAGGUGUCGGCGGCGGCGGCGCAGGCGGGCGGCGGCGCUGGUCCGCGGUUUUCCCGACGUACGAACUUGGCACGGCGGGCAGCGCGUACGAUGACGUUUUGGAUCUGUACGACGCAGACGAAACCGGCAGUACGGCAGCUGACGAGGACGAGCAAAUUGAUCGUACGAGUGCCGGCGCUAGCUCUGACGCCCGCAGCACUGUGGAGGGCGGCCGCUCGUCACGGGAGUUCGCGGGCGCAGGGGCAGGUGGUGGUGAUGGUAUGACUCCAAACGGCGCCGGCGACAGCCGCAGGAGCGCGGGCUGCGGCGGCCGGGGCCGGAGCCGGCGGCGGGCGCGGGGCUACCAAUCAGAGCCGGCGCUGGUGCCGGCGCCGCGGCGACGGAAAAGCACUGACGGCGGUCUUGACGGCGUCGGCGGCGUCGGCGGCGUGGCGGCGGCGGUGCCUGAGGGCCGCUCCAGCGAAGUUUCCGUGACCGGCGGGGCUGCGGGCGCGUCUGCCGACAUGCACUGGGCCAUUGCGCAGGGUCUGGGGAGUGCCAGCGGCAGCGGCUGGGGGGGAGGCGGGCGGGAGGCGGGCCCGGCGGGCGCGACGGUGGGGCGGAUGGUGGUGGUGACGCUGCUGCCCGCCUCGCAGCGUGUGGGUUUGGGCGUCGGCGUCGGCGUCGGUGCAGGCACGGUGUCCAUUGCCGAGUCCGGGGGGUCUGUCCUCAGGGCCGACGCCGGCGGCAGCAGCGCCGGCAGCCACAGCCACAGCCACGGCGGCAGCGGCAGCGCAGCCUCGGGUUGCAGCGGUGACGUGUUCGAGACGGCUGCAGACGCGGGGGAGGGCGCAGCAGCAGCUGAAGCUAUGGCGGUGGCGGCUGGGGCUGAGGAGCUGCGCCUUGUGGAGCAGGCGGCACCGUCGGCGGUGGCGGCGGCGGCGGCGCAUUUCUUGGCUCCCUCCCCCGUCUCCCACGCAAACGCGCACGCACAGGCACACUCCCACAUGUUGGGGGCGCCGCCCCUGGGUGCCGACUUCACUGAAGCCAUGUCGCUUUCUGGCAGCCCCUCCCACACCUCCGCCGGCCACGCUGCCGCCGACCCCGCCGAGCCGCCGGCCCCUGCCCCCGGGCUGAGCCGCUUCGGCGGCGGCGACGGCGGCGACGGUGUUGUUGCGCAGGGUAGCCUCUCCACUGGCGGUUCCGUGGCGCUCGCGGGCCCGAUCGGCAGCCGCACAAGCAGCACGUCGCAAUCCGGCACGCCGCCGCCCUCCUUAGGCGGCGGCGGCGGGCCGCUGCUACAGCCGGCCAUGUUGCCGUCGCCGCUGCUACAGCCGUCGGCGGUGGACACGGGCCUGGCUGCGCGCGUGGGGCUCCCGCCUGACGUGUCCGGGAGCGGCCAGCUGUCGGCGGAGCGGCUGCGGAAGCUGACGGUGGUCACGGUGCUGCCGCCGUCCGCCGCUGCGUCCGCCGCCGCCGCCGCUGCCGCCGCCGCCGCGUCCGAGCGCCGCCAGUCCGCGGCCGCCGCGACCGGAGCGCCGCCUGCAGCGACUGAGGCUGCGGCGCGCACAGGCGCCGCCAGCGCUGGCGGGGCUUUCGUGGGUGUCCUGCCGGUCGCUGCUGCCACUGCUGGUGCUGAUGGUGCUGCCGGAUCAGGGGCCGCGGCGGCGGCGGCUGAAGGUGCGCCGCUGCUGCCCCCGCCUCCGUCAGGCCUAACCCUCAAGCUUGGGCACGGGCGCUCCUCCUCCUCCACCACCGCCGUGGGAGGUCCUUUGCUCACCAGCUUGACGGGCACAGGCACAGGCAGCGGCAGCCGCAGCCCGGGAACGUUGGGGCGCGGCUCCAAUGCCGCAACGCCGAUGCAGGCGCGCCUGAGCGGCGGCGGUGCUGGCGGCGGCGGUGGCGGCACGGGCACCACCGCGAUCCUCAGCUCCACCGCUUCGGUGCAGUCGCCGUCGCUUGCUGCCCUGGCCAAUGCGACUGCGGCUGGAGGCGCUGGCGGCGGAGGGGGCAUGUCACAACACGCGUUGCUCACAAGCAGCAGUCUGGGCUCGGAGGUCCUGACGCUCGCAGGCUACGGCACCCCCAUCUCCUUUGAGCCGUGGAGGAACUCGCACGCCUCGCUCACCCGUAACUCCGCCGCGUCACACGCCGCCGGCCUCAUUGGCGGCGGUGGCGGCGCCGCCGUCGGCAGCCAAGCACUGUCGCUGUUACACAACGGCGGCAGCAGCAGCACCCAUCACGACCUCAGUGAACGACAGAACGCCACCGGCGGCGGCAGUGGCCCUGAGGCCGCCGCCGCCGCGGCCGCCGCGCUUGCAACAGAGCCGCCGGGCGGGAGCGCCACUGGCGGCGGCGCUGGCAGCGCUGCAGUGAUGGCGGCGGGGCGGUUCGCCGUAUCGAGUCUCGUAAGCUCUGAUAGCGGCGACGGAGCAGGUCGUAGCGAUGCGCCGCCGAGGACGGCGGCGCCCUUCGGACUGCCGCCGCCGCCGCCGUCGCGGUACCUUGACCGGCUACCAGAGGUGGGCGAGUCAGGCAGCGCGGAUGUGGGAAGCUGUGCGGUCGGCGGCGGCAGCAGCAGCGGCGGCGGCGGCGCUGGCCUUAUAGGCCGCGGCAGUGGCGGCAGUGGCGGCGGCGGCGGCGGUGGCCUUAUAGGCCGCGGCAGUGGCGGCAGCGGCGGCGGCGGUGGCGGUGGCGGCGACGGCCUUAUGGAUGGGCUCGCGUUUACGCCGCCGCCGCCGGAGGAGCCGGCCGCGCUCAAUGGCACUGUGUCAGAGGCUGAGGAGGGUGGCAGCGGUCCCUUGCCGCCGCCCGUGACCUUGGGCGACGGCGUGCUCGGGGACCCGCAGCAGCAGCAGCAGCAGCAGCAGCAGCAGCAGCAGCAGCAGCAGCAGCAGCAGCAGCAGCCGCAGCAGGGCGCGGCUGACGUCAGCAGGAGCGGCCACGGCUCGGCCGCGGCGGGCCCGGCCGGCGGCGGCGGCGGCAGCGGCCCGAGCCGCAGGACCCCCUUCCGGUCGGCCGCGGGCGGCGCGGCGGCCGCGGCCGCCAACGCCCCAGCAGAGUCCGCGCUGAUGCCGAUUGACGUGCUCGGACAUAGCGGUAGCCUGCCCAGUGCUGGCGGCGGCGGCGGCGGCGGCGCUCGGGCCGCUGAGGCCGCCGACGCCGCCGGCAGACCCCUGGCUGCGAUGCUGAGGGGCCGAGCCCGCUCCGCUGUGUGUCCAACGACGGUGGCCGCAGCGUCGGCGGCGCCUGCGCCGCCGCCGCCGUUGACCGGUCAACGCGGCGUUGCUGCGGCCGGCAGCAGCGUUUCCAGCUCGGUCUCCGAUGUGAACGGCGCCGGCGCUAGCUCAGCAUCGCGCGGCGCCGCGCGCCGGCUGCUGCUACAGCCGCCGCCAGCGCUCGGCGGGGCUGCGUCGCUACAGCCGCCGGUGCCACGCGCCGCCAGUUUGCCUGCCGCUGCCACGGGCAGUGCCGUCACGGUUAUGCAUGCCAGGGCCGCUGCCGGCGCCGCCAUCGAACGCGACGCCGGCGGCGCCGCCGCCGCAGUGGCCAGCGGCGGCGGCGGCGGCGCCGGAUCCGGCGCGGUGCACGGCCCUUCGUCUGUCGGCCACGGCCUUUCGACACUCGAGGGCGUCAGCAUUUCCGACUCGAUCUUUGACCGUGCCAGCUUGCCAAACAGCGAGCUUCUAGCUGACCAAUCCACAAUGACCGAACCCAUCACGCCGCGAUUCCAAGCCACCACCAGCAUCGGCGGCGCCGGCGGCCCUGGCACAGGCGCCGCCUCGGCCUCCGCCUCCGCCAGCGUCGCGCGAACGCCCUACAGCGGUGGCCACGGCAGCGCCGCAGGCGCGGCCGCGGCGGCGGCGGCAUCCGCGCAGCAGCAGUCGCAGUCCCGUUCGCAGUCACAGCAGGGCUCCAUCGAAGAAGACGCGGAUGCGAGGGUGCGCGUGCCCACCUCCUCGGCCGCGACCUCGCGCACCGGCCCCGCCUUCUUCACGGAGCGACUGCCGGUGCGGCCGCCCGCUCCUGCUUCCUCCUCCGCCACACUCGGGCGCACGGCUCGCAGCGCUGCGGCCGCCGCCGCCACGCCUGUCGCGGCGCAACCUACCGCCUACGGUGGCAGCGGCCCGCUGGCAAUGGCCGCCGCCGCCGCCGCUGCCGCCGCGUUUACCAGUCCGGCGGGCGUCCCAGUCGCGUUACCUGCCUCAGGCGUAGGAGCAGGAGUUGCGGCGCCGCCGCCGCAGCAGCUGCCGCGAUCUCUCGGCCUGGCGGCGCCGCCGCUCGGCCGUCCGCCGUCGGGCCGCCACAGCACCAGCGGCGCGCCUGGUGACACGUUCCUAGUCCCGAUGCCGACGUCGCUGGGAGCGCACAGCGGCCAGUCGGCUGGCGGCGCCGCCACUGGCGGCGGGCUGCCGCCGCCGCCGCGGCGCAACGUCGGCGUGCAUUCCAUCAGCAACCUGCGUGGCGUGCCGGAGGCAGCUCCCUUCCUUGUGCCCGACCUCGACUCGCCCCUUUCGCCCGGCGUCGGAGCGUUUGGGGCCGGAUCCGCCGCCGCGCUGUUCUGCGGCGGUGGCGGCGGCGGCGCCGAGACCGCGCCGCCGUCGCCAGGCCUCACACGCUCCUUCGACAUUGAGUUGCUGCCGCUGCCGCUGCACCGCACCACAAGCAGCCGCCGCGGCGGUGGCGGCGGCGGCGGCGGUGGCGGCGCCAACCGCACGCGCACCGCCAACAUUGACGCCCUGCUGGCGGCGCGCUCGCCGCCGCCGUCUACUCGUACUCAUGGCGGCGGUGGCGGCGGCGCGGUGUGGCCUCACCGCGCCGCCAGCAGCUCGCAAUUCGUACCCUCAAGCGCCAUGGCAACGGCCCUGGCACGUCAGAAGGCCAGUUCGGCAUCAGGGCUGCACCCCAUGCGCAUGCCCAUGCCCAUGCCAGCCGUUGGCGCGUCAUCGCCCACGCACCCUUUGCAGCUACAGCAGCAGCAGCAGCAGCAGCAGCAGCAGCAGCAGCAGCAUAGCGGUGGCCUGGCGGUGGCAGCGCCGGCAGGGAGUGGCGCAACGGCGCCGCCGCUGCUGCCGACGUCAAAGUCAGCGGAAGGCCCCUCGGGGUCAGAGGCGCCAGGCGUGUGGCGUGCCGGCAACCUGCCAGCCGCCGCCGCCGCCGCCGCCGCCGCCGCCGCCGCCGCCACGGCGGCGGCCUCGCCAGCGGCAGCGGUCGGCAUUCCGCAACCGCUGCUGCUCCCCAUUGCAGUCAGUGCGGUGCCAGCCGCAGCAGGUGGCCCCUCGCCGUCACCCUCGCCGCCGCCGCCGCCGCACCCGCUAGGAGCGCCGUCGGGCGGGGCACUGGUGCCGCAGCAUUGCCUGAGCGCGCCGCCGACGCCCGCCGCCUCUGCUGGAUCCAACUUCACUGGUCUGUACGCUUCUGGCGGCGCCGGUGCUGCCGGCGGCGCCGGCGCAGGCACUAUUGUGAUCGGAGCUGGCGGCGGCGCCCUCAGCGGCGGCGCCGGCGGUGGCAGGACGUUCGGCGGCGGUUACGGUUACGGUUACAUGCCGCCGGCGUCCCGCUCCGGGCCGCAGUCACACAUUUCCGGCGGUUUCAGCGGGUUACCGAUCUCGUCCAGCGGCACGCCGAACCUGCUGGGCAGCGGUGUGUACGACAUUAAUAACAACAAUAACAGCAGUACGACGCAGAUCCCCACUGGCGGGCUGGGAUUGGACGAGCUGCUGGUUCCCAACGGCUGUUUGUCAGCUCAGGCGUGGCUGCAGAGCGCCAUCGCGGCCGCAUGCGGCGCCUUGGCCGCCGGACAGCCCCCCGCCGCCGCAGCCGCAGCCGCCGCCGCAGCCGGGCCGCCGGCUGGGCCGGUCAGCGGCGGAGCCGUCAGCGGCGGCGGCGGCGGCGGCGUCUGCUGCACGCUGGCGGUGGUGGUGAUGGAGCUGGUGCCCGGAGGCAACCUGCGCCUGCUGCGGUCGCGCCUGGGGCCGCCCGGCGCCAAAGUAGACCUGCUGUCGCUGCUGCACCUGGCCCGCGGUGUGGCCGCCGGCAUGUCGGCGCUGCACAGCCGCCGCCCGCCACUGCCGCACGGCGACCUGCGGCCGGAGAACGUGCUCCUGGCGCCUGACCCCGCCGCGCCGCUGGGGCUGAGGCCGGUGGUGGCUGACUACGGCUUCUCCCGCCUCAUGCUGACGGGGCGCUCGGCGGCGCUGACCCGCCCCCACGGCGCCGCCACCCACCUGGCCCCCGAGGUCUGGGCGGACGGCUCGCCCUCGCGCCCCGCCGACGUCUUCGCCUUUGGCGUGCUGCUGUGGGAGCUGGCGAUGGGACGUCCGCCCUGGGAGGGCCUCAGCGCGGGACAGGUGCUAGCCAAGGUGGUGCUGGAGGACCGGCGGCCCGAAUGGCCGCCCUGCGCCGCCGCCGCCGCCGCCUCUCUCGCCGCCGCCGCCGGAUCCGCGACCGGGUCCACCGCCGGAUCCAAAUCCGGAUCCAAGUCCGGAUCCAAGAGCGGUUCUGCCAGCCGGGCGGCGGCGGCGGCGGCGGCGGAGCAGCAGCAGCAGCAGCAGCACGGGGAGGGGGGCCAGCAGCUGCGGGCGGGGCGGCGGGUGCCUGUCCGCACGCUGGACGGGACGCGCGGCGGCGCCGGCUGGUUGCCACGUGGGUACACGCAGCUUGCGCAGGCCUGCUGGUCGCGGCAACCCGCCAGCCGGCCCGACUUCGCGGCCGUACUCCAGUGGCUGGACGAGCUCAUCAUGGAGCAGUACAUGCUACAGCCGCCGCCGCCGCCGCUACAGCCGCCGCCGCCGCCUGUGUUGCAGCCGCAGCUGCUACAGCCGGCGCAGCAGAUCCAGCUGCGGCUGCUGCAGGCGUCGGAGCGCUCGCGGCGGUUGCUACAACAGCACGCUUUCCCUCACCCGCACCCCAGCCCGAACCCGCACCAGAUGUGGCUACAGCCGCCGAUGGCGGCGGCCGGAGAGCCGCUGCGUGCUGCGGUGACAUGGUCACGCGGCGGAGCCGGCGGCGGUGCUACAGCCGCCGCCGGCGCCGGCGGCAGCAGCAGCGGCGCGGGGGCCGCGGCGUUUGGCGGGCGGCCCGCGCCAUUGGCAUCCUCGGCGGCUGGGGCCGCGCGGCCGGGGAGCCGCGGCGCUGUGGGUUUGUUGCCCAGCGCUGGCGGCAGCGGCAGCAGCAUUCAGACCGCACUGGCGACGGAGGAGUCGGCGGCGGCGGCCGUUGACAGGCUGCUGCGCCGCGUGGCGGCGGCGGGCGGCGCCGCCGGUGGCAUGGCGCGUGCCGCGAUACGGGAUGCGACCGGCGGCCGAAGGACCGGUGGUCGUGGGGCUGGUGCUGCUGGUGCUGGCGGCGGUGGAGGAGGUGGGGGCGGCCCGCACCCGCCGCCUUUUAUCUCCAUUGAGAUGUGAGAGGCUGGAAGGCCAAUGCUGAACUGCUAAAGCAACUGCAGAUUAUGAUAUACCGUACGUCAGUGAUGCGUAUGCAGGAAUGAGUGUGUAUGGUGGCAGAUAUGGCAUACAAAUGGUGUGGGUGUUGCGUGACGUGUUGCGCCCGUGCAUGGAUGUGCCCAUGACGACGCAAGAAGGUGGAUUCGGAGAUAAUGUAGGGGAGGGCCAAGCAUGCCCUGCGGCAUGUGACCUUUGCAGCAAUCGGAAGCAGGCAGUGGGAAUGCAGUACUAACGUAAUAUCUGCUGGCCAAACUUCAUCACGCUUGUCGUUUACACGCAAUCAAUCGUGUUGGACAAGCACGCAUUCAGACGCAAUAUACUCGCACGUUUACCUGAAGGCGCGCCAUGGCUAUAACCGCAACUUUCGGAAGAGCAUUUAAGCAUAUCGACAACUCAAGUGGGUCAAAUUGCAGCUACGCCUUGCAUGUGCGAUCUAACCAGGGACAAGGCGUGUACCGGUGAGCUGUGGCAGGAGGUGGGCUGUCUUGUGGCGGGGGCAGUAGUGCAAAUCGUGGAGAGGCUUUGCUGUUCGGAGCCAUUCGGAGGGCGUCACAGGUAUGGUAGCAGUUGAAAUCCAGAGACUGUGUUCACACGCACGUUGCACCUUGCGUUGCACUGCUCAGUUUGCGGCUUGCGUACGGCUUGGUUCCGAGUCCGACCAGAGCUGUCUACCUGUGCACACGCUCUUAUCGACGAUGCUUUUAAUGAUAGCAAUCUCUCUCUCUUGGCACACACGGUGCCGUAUCUGCUCGUGUACUCUUCCAAUAAUCCAGUAGCGGCUGAGCUGGCAUGUAAUAUGCCGUACCGUACACCUAUCGAGCAUCUACACAGGGAGCCACGGGGAGCCAUGUCGUGCGAUGUGCGACGGCCAGGCAGGCAAAAGGAGCACGUGCCUUGGGCUUGCAUGCAACACGGAUGGAUGUGCGAUGGGACAGUGUUAAGGCAGGUUGGUGAAGUCCCGCAGGGUGCAGCUGAUUCCCAGACCCCAGAAGAUGGCAAACAAUGUGCAACGGCAGGGCAGGAGUGCGCGGCUGGUCGAACGCCGGAGUUACUGUACCGAAAAGUU